AUAAAGCGAGACUUGAUCCCUCUCGUCGCCCACGUCACUCCUUUCCAUAACAGAAGGUGAGACACAGAAGAAACGCUUCGGAUCUGCGAUCCAGGCUUAGGGUUCCUCCCCCCCUCGCCUUCCUUCGUUUAUUCUCCUCGAUCGAGGAAAGAUCUAGGGCUCCUUCCCUCGAGAUCCCCAUGGCUUGCAUCAAGAGCGCCGCGCGAUCGGCGCUCGUCGCCUUCGCGCCCGAUGCGCCUUACCUCGCCGCAGGCACGAUGGCCGGUGCGGUCGACCUCUCCUUCAGCUCCAGCGCCACCCUCGAGAUCUUCAAGCUCGAUUUCCAGUCAGACGCGCACGAGCUCCCCGUCGCCGGCGCCUGCCCCAGCGCCGAGCGCUUCAAUCGCCUCUCCUGGGGGAAGCCGCCGGGAUCCGCCUCCGAGGAAUACGCCCUGGGUCUCGUCGCCGGCGGCCUUGGCGAUGGCAGCAUUGGUGUCUGGAAUCCCCACAAGUUGAUCAGUUCGGAGGAUCAAAGUGGUGCUUUUGUAGCGAAGCUUGAGAAUCACGUGGGGCCGGUCCGUGGUUUGGAGUUCAGCUCACUCUCAUCAAAUCUACUUGCUUCUGGGGCUGACGAAGGGGAGCUUUGCAUCUGGGAUCUGGCAAAGCCUUCUGAACCAAGUCAUUUCCCAUCUCUUAGGAGUGUUGGCUCUGGAGCUCAGACUGAAGUUUCCUUUGUUUCAUGGAACCCCAAGUUUCAGCAUAUAUUAGCAUCCACAUCGGUUAAUGGAAUGACAGUUGUUUGGGAUCUGAGGCAACAGAAACCUAUUACAAGUUUUGCAGAUGUAAAUAGAAGGAGGUGCUCUGUCUUGCAAUGGAACCCUGAUGUUUCUACACAGUUGAUCAUUGCUUCAGAUGAUGAUAGUUCACCUGCUCUCAGAGUUUGGGAUGUGAGGAAAACAAUAUCUCCAUUACGAGAGUUCGUGGGGCACACGAAAGGUGUAAUUGCUAUGUCAUGGUGUCCUUAUGACAGUUCACUUUUGCUUACCUGUGCCAAAGAUAAUAGAACAAUUUGCUGGGAUACAACUUCUGGGGAGAUAAUAAGUGAAUUGCCAGCCAGCACCAACUGGAACUUUGACAUUCAUUGGUAUCCUAAAAUCCCAGGAGUCAUAUCAGCAUCUUCCUUUGAUGUCAAAGUAGGAAUAUACAAUAUAGAGGCUUGCAGUAGGUAUGCAGCUGUAGAGGGUGAAUUUGGUGUUCCUGUACGUUUAAGAGCUCCAAAGUGGUUAAAAUGUCCAACUGGUGUAUCAUUUGGUUUUGGAGGGAAGCUUAUAUCAUUUAAGACUAGCCAAACGUCGCCAGGUGUUCCACCAUCUGCUUCAGAGGUAUAUGUGUAUAACUUAGUUACUGAGCAUAGUUUGGUGAGCCGCUCCACUGAAUUUGAAGCUGCAAUACAAAAUGGGGAAAAAGCCUCGCUUCGUGCUUUAUGUGAAAAGAAGUUGCAUGAUUCUAUAUUGGAAGACGACAAAGAAACAUGGAACUUCUUGAAAAUUAUGUUCGAGGAAGAGGGAACAGCCAGGACUAAGUUGCUUAGUCAUCUCGGUUUCAGUAUACCAGAUGAGAGUACUGAUAUUACCUAUGAUGAUCUUGGGAAACAAUUAGAGAAUACUCUCGGUCGUGAUAACAAUUUAUUGGUUGAAGGUGAAGCCAUUGACAAUGGAGAGGAGUUCUUUAACAAUCCUCAGAUUGUUGAGGAUAGUUUGGCCAAUGAAGACAGUAGUGUUCCUAAUGGGAAAGAGGUUCAGGGAGAACCAGAAGAACCUAUGGGGACUCACGGUGCUUCAUUUGAUGAUACCAUUCAACGUGCUUUGGUUGUUGGAGACUAUAAGGGAGCAGUGUUACAAUGCAUUACUGCAAACAGAAUGGCUGAUGCAUUAGUAAUUGCACAUGCAGGUGGUUCCUCACUAUGGGAAAGUACACGCGAUCAAUAUCUUCGGAAUAGUCUCACACCCUAUCUAAAGGUUGUAUCUGCGAUGGUGAAUAAUGAUCUCAUGAACCUGAUUAAUACCAGACCUCUGAAUUCAUGGAAGGAGACACUUGCUCUUCUUUGCACUUUUGCACAGAAAGAGGAAUGGACUGUUCUGUGUGACAAUCUAGCUUCAAGACUUGUGACUGUGGGGAACAUGCUUGCUGCAACUCUCUGCUAUAUCUGUGCUGGAAAUAUUGACAGAACCGUGGAGAUUUGGUCACAUAGCCUAAAGCCUGAUUGUGAAGGAAGGACUUAUGUAGAUCUUCUUCAGGAUUUAAUGGAAAAGACUAUAGUCCUCACCCUUGCAACCGGGCAUAAACGGUUUAGUGCUUCUUUGUCUAAACUUGUGGAGAACUAUGCUGAAUUACUGGCUAACCAGGGUCUUCUCACUACUGCAAUGGAGUAUUUAAAACUAUUGGGAUCAGAAGAAUCCUCACAUGAGCUUGCUAUAUUGAGAGAUCGAAUUUCUCUCUCUGCUGAAGAAAGGGAAGCACCCAAAAAUCUGUGUUAUGAAAGUACUACAUCACAAGCUAACUCUGGGUAUGGUGCAGAUCAUACUGGUUUUGGCACUAUAGACCAGUCACAGAAUUAUUAUCAGGAUAAGAGCCUACCCCAACCACAUCACAGUGUUGCUGGUAAUCCACAUGCUGAAGGCUAUCACCAAUCUCCUGGUUCUGCUUAUGGAGGAUACCAACAUGUGCUACAGAAACCACAGUUCCAUGAUUUUAGUAAUCCCAUGCCAUUUCAACCAGCACAGCCAGGUCAAAUGUUUAUCCCAUCACAGACAAGCCAUGUUCCAGAGCAAAAUUUCAAUCCACCUGCUGCUGCGGUGCAGCCAACAAUAAAACCAUUUGUUCCUACAACUCCUGCAGCCCUUAGAAAUGUGGAACACUAUCAGCAACCCAGCUUGGGCUCUCAGCUAUAUCCGGGAGUCGCCAAUUCUGUCUAUCAACCUGGACCUCCAAUUCCUGCUUCACAUGGUGUUGGUGCAUCUCAACCAGCAGCUGGCACUGGACACAGAUUUUCACAACCUGCUGGACCUGUUUCUGCACCAAGGGGUUUCAUGCCGGUUCCCAAUUCAAAUUUUACUCAGAUGCCUGGUAUGAGUCCUGCACAACCUUCAAGCCCGACAAAACCACCUCAACCACAGUCUGUGACUGUUCCAUCAGCCCCUCCACCUACCGUACAAACAGUUGACACGUCAAAUGUGCCUGCUGAGUUGAAGCCUGUUAUUGCCACUUUGACGAGACUUUAUGAUGAGACUUCAGCAGCUCUUGGAGGACCUCAUGCAAAUCCAUCUAAAAAACGGGAAAUUGAGGAUAACUCCAGGAGAAUUGGAUCUUUGUUUGGAAAACUUAAUGGCGGGGACAUAUCACCUGAUGCUGCUGCUAAGCUUGUUCAGCUUUGCCAGGCUUUGGAUGCUGGGGAUUUUGCUGGUGCAUUACAUAUCCAGGUGGAGUUGACAACAAGGUACUGGGAUGAGUGCAACUUCUGGCUUGCUCCAUUAAAGCGAAUGAUCAAGACGAGGCAGAGCAUUAGAUUCUAAGGGACCUGAUGCGGCAUUCUCUCUCUUGGGCCAGUCAGUAUACACAUUGAUUUUUCUGAUUCAUCAAAACGCUGUCACCUGUUUUUUUGUAAUUAUUAGCAUCAUUUGUGGAUCAAUAACCUAUCGAGUUUUCUCAUUCAGUGGAGCAGCAUUCCAGGUCACCCUUCCAUAAAAGACCAGAUAUUUUCUUACAUUUAGGUUUCAUGAUUGUUCUUGAGUUCGUCCUAUGGUGAUGUUUUCUUAUUCUUGCAACAUUUGUCUUAUGGUUUAUAAUAGUUUGGACGCUGCAAUUGUAGUUUUCUCAUAUUCUAAAUUAGGGUGCUGAGUUUUUUUAUUGUU